GCCUGCGGGGGCUGGAGGCGGAGGCAGAGGCAGCAAGCCCCAUUAUAAAAAGCGACAGAGCUCAGGCGGCGAGGGCACGGCACUGAGCUCAGACACCCAGACACCGGCCCUGCCCGGACCCCCGCCCAGACCCCCGCCCGCCCUCGGCCAUGGCUUCACCACCUCUCUCGUGGCUGCUCCGCUUGGCCGCCCUCUGCCAUCUGACUGCGCUUCUAGCCGGACAGCACCUCGGUGUGAAGAAAUGCAACGUCACCUGCAGCAAGAUGACCUCGGAGAUCCCUGUGGCUUUACUAGUCCACUACCAACGAAAUCAAGAAUCCUGCGGCAAGCAUGCCAUCAUCUUGAGGACCAAACAGAACAAAAUCUUCUGUGCUGAUCCAAAGGAGAAAUGGGUCCAGAAAGCCAUGGAACAUCUAGAGCGCCAGACUGCUAUGCCGGUGCAAAAUGGCGGCACGUUCGAGAAGCAAAUUGGCGUGGGUGAACCCAGGACCACCCUGGCCGCCAGGGGAAUGGACAAGUCUACGGUCACAGAGCCCAAAGCUACCCGGGAAAGCAGUGGCCAGGAGGCACAGAGGGCCUUGGGGACUUCCCCAGAGCUGUCGACAGGAGUGGCUGAUUCCUGGGGGACCAGGUUCCCCUCCACUUCAAAGGCUCCAGAUGGAGGGCCUCCAGCUGGGUCCCAGAGGACUGAGCUUUUCAACGCCGCUGCCCUCACCACCCCGGCGUCCUGGCAGAGCUCUGCCUACAAACCUGGGUCGGGCCUCUGGGCUGAGGGAAAGGCCUCUGAGGCCCUCCCCACCCAGGCCCCCGCCACCCAGGCCCCCGCCACCCAGGCCCCCCCCACCCAGGCCCCCUCCACCCAGACCCCCUCCACCCAGGCCCCCCCCACCCAGGCCCCCUCUACCCAGACCCUCCUUACCCAGGCCCCCUCCACCCAGACCCUCCCUACCCAGGCCCCCUCUACCCAGGUCCCCACCAUUUUACACACAGCCUCAGAGGAGCAACCUGUGUGGAUCUCUGGCCCCAUGCCAGAGAACUCUCUAGGGCCCGUGGAGAUGGGUCCCAUUUCAGCUCACACGGAUGCUCUCAGAGGGUCUGACAGCAUGCCCCGUCUCUCCAUGGUCCCUGUCUCCUCAGAAAGUGUUCCCAGCAGGGAGCCAGUGGCCUCAGGCAGCUGGACCCCUAAGGCUGAGGAGCCUAUCCAUGCCACUGUGGACCCCCAGCGGCUGGAAGUCCUCAUCACUCCUGUCCCUGACUCCCAGGCGGCCACCCGGAGGCAGGCAGUAGGGCUGUUGGCCUUCCUCGGCCUCCUCUUCUGCCUGGGGGUGGCCAUGUUCGCCUACCAAAGCCUCCAGGGCUGCCCCCGCAAGAUGGCAGGGGACAUGGUGGACGGGCUUCGCUACGUCCCCCGGAGCUGCGGCAGUAACUCGUACGUCCUGGUGCCCGUGUGAGCUGCCCACCUGCCUGCGUCCAGUUGUUCAACUCAGACAGCUGCCUGGGGUCCCCCGUCCUUAUAUCCACCCUCACCCAAGGCCUGACCUGAGCUGGGAUGAUCAGAGCAAGGACGCAGGAUCUUUCGCAAGGAACUGCUCCCAGCUCCCGGGCACGCCCCAGGAGGCCGCUCCUCACCUUUGUUGACCUACCCGGGACAGGAGUGGUGGCCUUUGCAACUCACUCCCGUGUCCCCAAGUCAGGAAACUUCUGCUGCUGGCUGGUUAGAGGUUCCCUUUGACACAGUCCCAGACCCAGUAAACAAUUAUUUAUUGAACAAACGCCCGGCCCCUCUGGUUCCCAUGCCCACACGUUACUACGGUCAUCCCAUCUCACGAAUGAGCCUCAGGCCAGGCCCCUCCUGCCCCACUCCCUCAGACCUCAUCGUGUCUCUUGGUCCCGCUGCGGUCGCCAGUCACCCCGGCUACCUGCGGUGCUAUCUCCCCCAUCCCCUGUACAGAGCCCACACCCAGCCGGGGACC